AUGGACCCAGCAGCCCAGGAUGAAAUGGAGCCUGCCCUUCCCCCUGGCUCUUCCUGCCCUGGGCCUGAGUGGCCGGAACAGGAGAGGGCGGAACAACUGGCCCGGGGUGCUGCACUGAAAUGGGCCUCUGGCAUCUUCUACCGGCCAGAGCAGCUGGCCAGACUGGGCCAGUACCGAAGCCGCGAGAUACAGCGUACCUCCUCCCUGGAAGCACGCAUCAAGUCGGUGGUGCAGUCAUACCUGGAAGGUGUGCAGACUGGUGUGUGGCAGCUGGCCCGGGCCCUUGAGGCUAUGCAGGGAUCUCGGGAGGCCCUAGGCCAGGCCCAUAGGUUGCUCCUGGACAUGGCUGAGGCCACAAAGACCCUAGAGCCCCUGCGGGAGCAGGUUGUUCAACACAAGCAACUGCAGGUGCUGUCUCAGCUCUUGCCCAGGCUUCGAGCAGUACCAGCUGCAGUGGCCCACACACAGACCUUGAUUGAUGCCCAGCGGCUCAUGGAGGCAUAUGUGAGCCUGCGGGAGUUGGAACAGCUUCAAGAGGAUACCUGGGUACCCCUGGGGGGUCGAGAGUUGCCAGUCUUUGAAGGGCUAGGUCCUCUGACUGAGGCCCUAGGCUGGGCUGUGGAGAGAGUUGCAGGGGCUGCAGGGCAGCUGGCACGGGAGGACCCAGCCCUGCUGGUGGCUGCUGUGCGUGUGGCUGAGGUGGAAGCUGGACGCACAAGCUCCCUUGGGCAACCUGCUCGGGGCUGGCGGCAGCGCUUUCUGCAAGCGUUACAGGAAGGUCCAGAGAGGGCCCACUUUGGGGCAGCUCUGCUGCCUGAGCCAGGGGCCCUACCAGAAUGGCUGGAAACUCUGCGGCUGGCAUUGCCAGCUGAGUUGGCCACAGCAGAGGCUCUGGUAGAGCCCUGCUGCCCACCACACUACAGAGUGGUCCGGCUGUGGGCUCAUACCCUGCAUGAUGGCCUGCGCCGGAGCCUGCAGCAACUCCUCACAGGACCUGAGCUGGGAGCUACUGAUGCCUUCACCCUGCUGCACUGGGCACAGCAUGUGUACCUGGGGCCGGAAAUGAUGGGGAACAUGGAGUUAGGGCCUGAUGCUGAUGUGUCCCAGCUAGAGCCCCUGUUGACCCUGGAGAAUAUUGAGCAGCUUGAGGCAACAUUUGUGGCCAAAGUCCAGGCAAAUGUGACCCAGUGGCUGCAGAAGACACUGGAUGGGGAGGUAGCUGAGUGGGGUCUGGAAAAAGAGCCAGAUACAGACCCAUCUGGCUUUUACCACUCCCCAAUGCCAGCCAUUGUCCUGCAGAUCCUAGAUGAGAACAUCCGUGUGACCAGCCUGGUCAGCGAGUCACUGCAGCGACGGGUGCAUGGCAUGGCACUGUCAGAACUGGGCACGUUCUUGAGGAGCUUCAGUGAUUCUCUGAUCAGAUUCUCCCGAGACCACCUCAGGGGCGAAGCAAUAGCCCCUCAUUACGUGCCCUACCUACUGGCUACACUCAACCACCAUACAGCACUGAGGUCAUCCAUGUCGGUCCUGCAGCUCGACGGGGUGACUUCAGUGGCCUUGACGCGGGUGGAAGUCGCGUUAGACGAGUUGCAGAGGAGAAUCUGCCGCCUGGUGCUGGAGGCACUGCUGGCGGAACUCCAACCUCUGUUCGCGACUCUGCCCUCGCGCCAGUGGCUGUCGAGCCCAGAGCUGCUGGACCGUGUGUGCGAGCGGACGGCUAGCUUAUGCCGAGACUUCUGGCGCGUGCGGAGCCCCGCGGUCCAGCUGCUGCUGGCAGAGGCGGAACGCACCGUGGUGCUGCAGUACCUGCGUGCGCUGAUGCAGGGCCGCUUAGUAUGCCGCAGUAUCGACGAGCGGACCCAGGCCGCCGAGCGUCUGCGACAUGAUGCCACCCAGCUCCGGGAGCUCUUCCUAGGUUUGGGUCUGGAGGAGAGCGCGCAGUGCGCUCCAGUGCUGCUUUCCCUGAGAGAGUUGCUAAACCUCCGCGACCCCACGUUGCUUGGCCUCGAGGUGGCCAGCUUGCGGCAACAGUUUCCCGACGUGAGCGAGGAACACGUCUCCGCCCUCCUUGACUUGCGCGGGGAUGUGUCAAGAGAGCAUCGCCUGGCAGCACUCAGCUCGCUGCAGGCCGGCCCACCGCCCUCUCCCCCAGCUGGCCGCCGCGCACUCUUCAGUCUCGUACCUGCGCCCACGCCGGCGCCGUCCUCCUGCCUUCCCUCGGGGCCCUGUGCCUGA